AUGUGUGGAAGGCUGAAUGGCUCCUCUGCUGCCGUUGGUGACAGGGAUGAUAAUUCUUCCGUACUUGAUGUUCUCCUGUGGCGGCCUAAAGUUGCGUUCAGAGGUGGCAGUCGCUGCUGGAGUAGCGCAGAAGCUGGCGGGAGGCUGACUGACGCAUUCAGUAGCGUAAUGACAGGCUCUGGCUCGCUAUAUGGUUGCUACAAAGCACAGAAUGAAGAGAAUGUAGAGCUACCUCAGACCUACAGUUCUUCCCUUUCGACAUCAGAGUACUCGGCACCUGUGGACGCUUCCCUUUUAUAUGCACCAUGGUCUACCUAUGGAGAUGAUGCUAAGCAGCCUGCUGCUUCUCAGAUUAAUAUGAAGUCCAGGAUUCAACCUGAAAGGAAUGAUUAUGGCAGUGAAACAGAUUUAUAUGGACUUGUGUCUAACAUCUUGGAAGAACAAGACAAAUCGCAGCCAUAUUGUGCCGAGGGGAGCUGCCCUUCCAGCUUGAAGUCAGCAUGGCCCAUGAAUGCAACCAGAAUCGCAGACCACCAAGACCUGUUGCCAGAAACGAAAAGACCAGUUCUUGCAGCUGUCUCACAACAGGGUUUUUAUAGUAGCGAAUCCGUAUCUGCUGCCGAAAAACAGUACUUGCAAAGCGGUAAUCUGGCAUCCCAGCAAAAAGCAGAUGAAUGUUAUCGCGGGUUUACUGGCAUAGACCUUGAAGAGCAGUGUUUGUACCCUUCUAGGAACGAUCAUGCCAGCUGUUGCAACAUGCAGGCUAAUGAGAAUAUUAAGACAACACCCGUGUAUCAGAACUAUCCGUACAUGAAAAACACCUUUACAUCCCAAGUUGGGUAUUCGGAAGUAGUCAAAGACUCGGGAGCCGAUGCUUAUUCUUACGGAAGGGAGAAGGUGUGUCCCAAAGGAGCAGAUGCACAGUCGCACCAAAAGCGGGCAGAAACGUUUCUUUCUCAGUUUCACAGAUAUAAUGAAAACGCAGAUUACAGUAGAUACACUGAAUAUUCUCAUGCUAGUAAAGCAAAGCCUAACAAGAGCACCAACUGUAGCCUCCCAGAAAAUAAAAAGUUAGUAAAUGGAACCAUUGAGGUGCCAUCUCUGGACACAGAACCCUAUACUAAAUUAUUUCAAGUUAAAUCAGGCACUCAGAAAAAAAUAGAAGAUACAAUUUCAGAUCAGCAAAACUUUACAUUUCCCAAGGCUGUAGGACUUCUGUCAGAAAAACAAUUUGCAAAUGAAGCUUCAUUCUGCACUGAUUUGGGGCAAAAAUUUGAAUAUGGGCUAAAAUCUUUUGCAGCUUGUCCAGGGAAUAAUGACUGUGCAAAUGGCGUAGAACAGCAGCAGUUUUCCAAGUCUGAUCUUCAGAAUUCGGAGUACUGUAAAUCACUCCCAUUAUUACCAAACUCAGCAAACCCUUCAGCAGGUGCUAAUGUAAGGUCAGCGUGGAUGAACAUUCCAGCUAAACCCGCUGCUUCCGUCCCAUUUCAGAAUCCAAAUCCUUUGUUGAAACUGAAUAAUCAUUUACCUGCUUUUCCAAAAAGUUCCAGUCAUUCUAAUGACUUUUUUCAGUUAUCAUCUUCAAAUUUCCCUUUAAACAGUAAUUUAUUUCACAAGUACUGUCAAGAUAAUCCUUCAUUUUUUUCAAGUCUUGAUUUUGGUUAUAACGCUGCAGAACGAGCUCGGUCUGCUGCUUGCAUGGAAGCGCUAGUUAGGAGUGGAGAAGAGAAUCUCAUUGAGUAUUUAAGUGAAAAGAAAUUAAAGCAGCCAAACGGAUUCUGUGACUAUUAUGCAGCUCAGCAGUUUGGGAUCAUUGAAAAUAUGAACAAACACCGGUUCCAGUUGAAGCCACAGAGUGAGCAUUAUGAUCCGGAAGGACAAAAACACGGCGAUGGGUUGUUGCAGAACAUGUACCAAGAUUUCAUGGAGUCUCAGGGUCAGUUUAAUCUCGGGCAGGGGAGCGGAGACAGUAGCGCUGUCAAUCCGGUGACUUGCCUGCAGGCUCCAAGCUUUUCCAGCAGUUGCAUGAUGGGUGACUUUAGGCGUAAGCAGCAGCUGGGUUCAAGCGCGUUCCCCUUGAGAUCGGCUCGCCUGUUUGGCCGUUCCGUUGUCCCUCUGAUGGAGUCCCACGACUUGUUCUCCCGCGAUGAUUUAAAAAGUUUCUACCCUUAUUUUAACGAUAAGAUGUACGGUGACGGUUCUUUUUCUGGUUUUGUACCAGCAUUUGGAUUUCAAAGGCAAGUUAAAACCCGUAGCGGGCCUGCCAGUGAACUUCAUGUUAGACUAGAAGAAUGUUACGAACAGUGGAGAGCUUUGGAGAAAGAAAGAAAGAAGACUGAAUCAGCUCUUGCUAAGAAUUUCCAAGGGAAAAAGGUUUCCAGUGCUAACAACACUCCGAUUCCAAGGCUGACAUCAAACCCGUCAAGAGUUGAUCGCUUAAUUGUGGAUCAGCUACGUGAACGAGCCAGAGUUGUGACUUUACUGGGAAAAAUGGAGCGCCUUCGCAGUUCUCCCCUUCAUGCUAACAUUUCUACUGCUCUUGAUAAACAUCUGGAGGUAAUUCAUGUAGUGCAGUCACGUAGAAAAGAUGAAAUUGUAAAUGCUUCAAAUCGACAGAGGCAAGGAGCUCCCAGAUGCCAAGAUGACAGAGAUGUGUUUGCUCUUGCUUUGGCAAUUAAAGAGAUGAGCGUAGCAACACGUAAAGCACGUACAAUUCUCUGGUGCGCGUUCCAGAUGACCCUACCGAAAUCUUCAGCUGGAAAACCGGAUCCAGAGAAAGCUGUUCGGGAGGCGGUGCAGCCUGAAGAAAAGGUGUGCGAAACUGUGACCAGCUGCAGCAUCCUAAACCAGAGGGCCGAAGUAAGCAAGCACUAA